AUGCAUAGGCAGCUCAAAUUCCAGUUCAUAGGCUUGAUGGAACCAAAGCAACAAAGGAAAAAGCUAGAGAAAUAUCGGAGGAAAAUUGACUUUCCACUAGCUAUUUCAAAUGUGUCAAACAAAAUUUGGGUAUUCUUUAGUGAAAGAUUUGAAUUAACAGUGGUCAUGGACAUGGUAAAACAGCUGACUUUAAAGGUGUUUGAUAUUGAAUAUCAGCAAGAAUUCUACCUUACCAUGGUGUAUGCUAAAUGCGACGCUAUUGAAAGGACUGAACUUUGGGAUUCUUUGUAUGCUCUAGGAAGUGACAUGAAUCUUCCAUGGAUUGUAGGGGGAGAUUUUAAUGUGAUAUGGGAGGAAGAAGAGAAAUUCGGGGGAUUAACAGUCCACAUCAACGAGGUCGAUGACUUUCGAUACUAUAUUAACACUAGCAAUCUUUUUUAUCUUGGUUUCAAAGGGAGUAUUUAUACAUGGUGGAACGGAAGGGCUGAAGAAAACUGUAUCUUUAAGCGUUUGGAUAGGUGUUUGGCAAAUCUCGAAUUCCAGAAUUUAUGGCCUGGAAUAGAGGUGGAGCAUUUGACAAAAAUUCGGUCAGACCAUAGUCCUUUGCUAAUUAAACUAAGUCCAGAAGUGGCACCAAUUAAGAAAUCCUUCAGAUUCUUAAAUUUCUGGUUAAAACAUGAGUCCUUUCACGAAGUUGUUAGAUAG